UGAGUUCCCCCCCAACACCUUCGUCUACUUUCACCUCUUUUUGCUUUGGUCAUUUGCAUACAUGAUUUCAACCCUCUUCUUUCUGAAAUUGGAAAGAAUCGGUUCUGCUGCUACUUUUUGCAGAUCAUAUUUCCUUAUAUAGAUGGAUGACGAAAUCAAAACAAAGCUUCUGCUACAAGAAGAACAAGAGGACGGUGACUUGAAACAGAGGAUAUGGGUCGAGUCGAAAAAAAUAUGGAGGGUUGCGUUGCCUACCGUUAUAUCUAGAGUUUGUGCAUUUGGAACCCUUGUCGUCACUCAAUCAUUUAUUGGACAUAUAAGUGAGACUGAUCUUGCUGGAUAUGCGCUUGUUCAAACGCUCAGUGUUCGAUUUGUUAAUGGAAUACUUUUGGGAAUGUCAAGCGCAACCGAAACCCUUUGCGGACAAGCAUUUGGAGCCGGACAAAACAAUAUGAUGGGCAUUUACUUGCAACGAUCAUGGAUCGUCGACUUGAUUACUUUGACCGUCUUGCUCCCGAUCUUCAUMUUUGGUACCCAAAUCUUCAAACUUGUYGGCGAGGAAGAACAGAUAGCAAAUAGUGGCGGAUACRUAUCGUUAUGGUUCAUYCCCUWCRUCUACAACUACRUCUUUAGCUUGACUAUCCAAAUGUUUCUACAAGCACAGUUAAAAAACAUGAUUAUCGCAUGGCUUUCGGCAUUUCAAUUUGCAAUCCAUAUACCUUUAUCGUUGCUUCUUGUGUAUAAAUUGAGCAUGGGGCUCGCGGGUGCGAUGAUUGCACUCUCGUUGUCUUCAUGGUUUCUUGUGAUUGGCGAAUUCAUAUACAUUUUUGGAGGGUGGUGUCCACAUUCAUGGAAAGGAUUCACACUUGCAGCAUUUAAGGACUUGUUACCUGUUGUCAAGCUCUCAAUUUCUUCUGGUGUGAUGCUAUGCUUGGAGUUAUGGUACUAUGCUAUUCUAGUCUUACUUGCUGGAUACAUGCCAGAUGCCAAGAUCGCGAUAUCUGCMUUCGCCAUUUGCUUGAACAUGAAUUCAUGGGAGYUCAUGAUAAGCCUUGGUUUCCUAGGUUCSGCAUGUGUUCGGGUGGCGAAUGAAUURGGGAGAGGAAAUGCGAAAGCARUAAAGUUUUCGAUAAAGGUGUUGCUGGGGACUUCCCUYGCGAUUGGCGUGUUCUUAUUUGUUCUYUGUUUGGCGUUCGGCAAUAAACUUGCAUACUUGUUUACAGACGAYGAAAGAGUUGCAGAUACRAUAUCAGAUCUUUCUUUGCUUCUCUCUUUUUCGAUUUUGUUCAAUAGCAUCUAUCCGGUACUCUCAGGAGUGGCAAUUGGAGCUGGUUUGCAGGGUGUCGUAGCAAUUGUUAACCUAGUUUGCUUUUACGUGAUUGGUAUCCCGUUGGGAGCUUUGCUUGGAUAUUUGACGACUCUUCAAGUUAAGGGUAUAUGGAUAGGAAUGAUUUUUGGCGUUCUAACACAAACAAUCACAAUUGGUUACAUAACGUGGAGAACAGAUUGGGAUGAUCAGGUCAAGAAGGCUUCUGAACGUCUCGAAAGAUUUUACUUGCACACAAAUGAAAAUCCCGAGCAAAUUUCUAACGGGUCGUAAUUGAGAGAAGCAACAUGGAUCCGUCUGUUCAAAUUUCUAACGGGUCGUACUUAAACAAACCUCUUUUGUCGCAUCGCAUAACGAGACAACACCCACUUAUCGCAUCAAACAAUAAAGUAACGCAUUUAUCGUAUUAUACAUAAACUUAUCACAUUAUAUAGAUAAAAUCAUAAUUUUCUCGCA